AUGGAUUCCAGCAAGAAGCUCUCGGCUCUGUCGCUCCUGUUCAUGGUGUUCAUGUCCUCCUUCCUCCCCAUCACCGCCUGCAGCAGCUGCCCCCCAGGCAAGGUAAAGCCACCCAAGCCGAGGACCCCCAGGACCCCUAGAACCCCCAGGACCCCCAUCGUCCGCCCUCCGACCAAGCCCCCACCGAUUCUGCCGCCGAUCAUCGUUCCCCCCGUCCUGCCGCCACCGGUUGUCAUCCCCCCGGUGCUGCCGCCGCCGGUGGUCGUCCCCCCUGUCCUCCCCCCCCCGGUGGUGACGCCGCCGACCGCCCCCUGCCCGCCGCCGCCAGCAGCGCCGCUCUCCUGCCCCGUGGACUCCCUGAAGAUCGGCGCCUGCGUCGAUCUCCUCGGUGGGCUCGUCAACGUCAAGGUCGGCGACCCGGCGGCGAACCACUGCUGCCCCAUCCUCGGCGGACUCCUGGAGCUCGAGGCCGCCGUGUGCCUCUGCACCACCAUCAAGCUCAAGCUCCUCAACCUCAACAUCUACAUCCCAGUCGCCCUCAAGCUGCUCGCCACCUGCGGGAAGACCCCCCCUCCCGGCUUCACCUGCAAGCCCUAG